UGAAAAAAUUUACACUAAAAAAUCGAUUUUUUUUUAAAAUUGCUUUGGGCAUCAGCUCACCAUAGCUUGUACAUAGAUCCUCCCUGGAUGUAGUAUUAUUUAAAGAUGACAAUAAUUUAUUAAAAAUUAUACUAGUACUACGUACUACGUAGUGCUACGUACUACGUAUAUAAAUAGGAGUGUGUGAUGGGCAUGGUCUCUUGUAUCCUAUCCAACAAUCAGUCCCCAACCAUGAGUUGUCCGAUGGCAAUGGAUUGGCCCGAACCAAUUGUCCGUGUCCAAUCUUUGUCGGAAAUGGGGUUCUCCUCCAUCCCCACCAGAUACAUUAAGCCCUCCGCCGAUCGACCGUCGUUAACUGCCGGCCACACUAGCGGCGACGCCAUCAACAUCCCCACAAUAGACUUGGAACCAUUGCUACUCUCAUCAUCACACGUCGUCGACGGCGGCGGCUGCACGGCGGCGGAUACAGCGGAAGUGCAUGCACAGGUGUCGGCGGCCUGCCGGAGCUGGGGGUUCUUUCAGGUGGUGAACCACGGGGUGACGCCGGAGCUGAUGGACCGAGCGAGGGAAGUGUGGCGGGAGUUCUUCCACCUGCCGAUGGAAGUGAAGCAGCCGUACGCCAACUCGCCGGCGACGUACGAGGGGUACGGUAGCCGGAUCGGGGUGGAGAAAGGGGCGCUUCUUGAUUGGAGCGAUUAUUUUUUCCUUAAUUGCCUUCCUUGUUCUUUGAAGGACCAUACCAAAUGGCCUUCCCUCCCUUCCUCUAUAAGGGAAGUAAUUGAGGAGUACUCGGAACAAAUGGUGAAAUUGUGUGGGGAGUUGAUGAAAAUAUUGUCGAGAAACCUAGGACUAAAGGAAGAAGUUUUACAAGAUGCCUUUGGGGGUGAAAAUAUUGGAACUUGUCUAAGAGCCAACUUUUACCCAAAAUGCCCCUCACCUGGCCUAACCCUUGGACUCUCGGCUCAUUCGGAUCCGGGUGGGCUGACUAUUCUCUUGCCGGACCAGCAAGUCUCCGGCCUCCAAGUCCGGCAAAACGGCGAAUGGAUCACCGUUAAACCAGCUAGGAACGCUUUCAUUGUCAACAUCGGUGACCAAAUUCAGGGAAGUAAUUGAAGAGUACUCGGAACAAAUGGUGAAAUUGUGUGGGGAGUUGAUGAAAAUAUUGUCGAGAAACCUAGGACUAAAGGAAGAAGUUUUACAAGAUGCCUUUGGGGGUGAAAAUAUUGGAAGUUGUCUAAGAGCCAACUUUUACCCAAAAUGCCCCUCACCUGGCCUAACCCUUGGACUCUCGGCUCAUUCGGAUCCGGGUGGGCUGACUAUUCUCUUGCCGGACCAGCAAGUCUCCGGCCUCCAAGUCCGGCAAAACGGCGAAUGGAGCACCGUCAAACCAGCUAGGCACGCUUUCAUUGUCAACAUCGGUGAUCAAAUUCAGGUUUUGAGUAAUGCUAUUUAUAAAAGUGUUGAGCAUAGAGUGAUUGUGAAUUCUGAGGAAGAACGUGUAUCUUUGGCCUAUUUUUACAAUCCCAAAAGCGAUUUGGUGAUAAAACCGGUGGAGGAAAUAGUGACACCGGAAAAUCCAGCAUUGUAUCCGCCGAUGACCUACGCUGAAUACCGACUUUACAUGAGGUCAAAGGGUCUCAAAGGCAAAUCACAACUACAAGAAUCAUCAUCAAAUUCUGCUGCUUAAUAUUUAAUAAUCAACUUAAAUAUGUAUAAUUAAUUUCACCUUAGACAUAUAUAUAUAUAUUAUAUUAAUUUAUUAAUAUAUAUGUAUAAUUCUGUUGGUAUGUGCUUUGUUACACAUACCCUGUGAAGUAUUCCAGUAUUUAGUAUGUAGUGUAAAAUAUGGAGUAUGCAUUAUUUAGAACUAUGUUAUUAGUGUAAGAUGUUAUUUAUGUUAUAAUAACCCAAGAUGUUUUUUGUUA